AUUUUCUCUCUCCAACCAAACAGACCAAUGACUGAUUUUGCACACGAAAUUCCGUUUGCCACUCUUUUCAAAUCAAUGGGUCUGUUUUUGGAAUUUGCACAGUGUUUUGUGAUUUUCUCAAUGUUUUUGUGAUUUGCACGAAUGUGACGGGAGUGAAAAUUUGUAAGUAUUUUCUUGAUUAGAUAAGGGUCAAAGACGUAAAUAUCAUAAUUCAUGAGCUAUGGUCGGUCUUUUUAUUUUUAUGUAGAGGUGGGAAGUUUGGUACUUCUCCUAUUUGGAGACGAAAAAUUUUAUUCAUCAUUCGCUACACCACAUCACAUAUAAUUUUUUUAUUUGUUAUUUUUUUCUUUAUAAAUGUAUGGUAUAUUAUUGACGAGCAAAGGAAUUCAUUUAAUUUAGCAAGAAUGAAACAAACAAAAAAUUAAGUGUAAUGUGUGGUGUAGAAAGUAAUGAGUAAAAUGACUCUUUGGAAACCAGGCCUUAUGCCCUUUUAAAAGUUAGAUUCACAUACUUUACCAUCCAUUUCAAAUCGUCACACCUGCAUUUUCUUUCAAAAAGCUUCAUGUACAGUCAAGUAAUAUUUAAAUAGAACUCAUGAAUCUAUAUGCUCCAGAAAUAUCAUAUAUAGAAAAUGUUUUCUACUAUUUCUAAUUAUUCAAUAAAUAUAUAAUUUAACAAGAACUAUAUAUUUUAAAUUAAUUACUUUUUCCUGGUGCCAAGAGAUGUUAUAUUGUUCGAGUAUUUAAAAGCUUUAAAUAAUACUACCAAAAAAGAAAAAAAAAUAAGUCUAGUUUCUUUUAAUUUAAGUUUUACUAAUUUAGGAUGAUCACAACACAGGAAUAACUAAUACUAAUUCUGUCAAGCUACCAGUUUUUUUUUUUUUCUUGCAUCAUGUUUAUAAGGUGGAUUGAUUUUUAUGUUAAUGGGAUAUAGGGAGACAGCUUUAACUUUGUUGUCUAGCUGAGCACUGAUAGGAAAUAAUGAAUUGAACUUCACUUACUGUUAUAGCCUUGUUCUGUUUUGCUAAACUCUUGUUUGGGAUCAACCAGUGCAUCAGUUUUUCAAGUGUUGAAGAUGCUUUAGUUUCCCAUCUCCACUGUUGAUUCUGAGUUGACAUUUAGCUUUGGGAUCAUGUGUAGGAUUCAUUUCAAAACGCCUUGGCCCCAAAUAUAGUUGAAACUCUUAUUUGCACACAAAAUUGAUUAAAUGCUCCCUCCAUUAAUCAUGACUUCCAAGACUUAAAAGCAGAUGCCGAAAGCUAUAAGCUGGAAAAUGUUAAGAUUCAUUUUGAAAUAUCAUAUAUUUUCCUGUGGUUUUUUUAAUAUUUAUAUUUUUAAAAUAGAGUUUUUUCUUCAUGUAGAGAUAACUUUGAAUAAUGUUUUGAAUAUGGAUGGUUGAAAAAUAUGAGGGAUAUGAUUCAAUUCCAGCAGAGGUUCUUGACCCAAAAGCCAAAAGGCCUGAUGGGACGAAAAAGAGGAUGUGGAAUAAGGAAACCCUCCACGGUACCUAACCUAGCAUAUAAAGGACCAUGGAAGCACAAGGACCGUAUCAUUCUUGGAGCAGAUACAAGAACCAUUGAAGGACCCCUAAUCACUGAAAAGAACUGUGAAAAGAUUCAUCAUAUGGCACCAAACAUAUAUUGUUGUGGAGUAGGAACUACUACCGAUACAGAGGCAAUAACAGGUUAGUUCACAACUGGACGUUAUGAAGAAUCACCAUCAUGAAGAAUCACAUUUUCAAGUGAAGUUUCAUUUGUUGCAAACCAAGAAAUGAAGGUUGCAUUUGAGUUGAUGUUACUGGACGUCAUCUGCAUAAUGUGAGUCUAUUUUCAAGAAUUAAAAUUGGAAAAUAUCAUGUGUUUUUUUUGGUUUACAUAUUUGGUGGUGUGUCACUGCCUGAUCUUGUAAAAACUAGAAUUGUUUUUGUAAUUUUAUUAGGCUAAAUGAUUACUUUGGCUUGUUUAUCAUGUUUUGCAGGAGAAAGAAUAAUCAGAUGUAUCAAGUC